AUGUCUCGGAGCGACUUGAAUGGAGACUGUCUAGCUCCGUUCUACCAGGAAUCCCUUUUUGAUGACGGUGGAUUUAUCGGUGGACGUUUCUGCCAAACAGUAGGCAAUGUCUCCUGCUGCCUUCCAUGUCCGCAAGCGUCGUGGAUGUAUGGUGACGAUAUCCAGCAGCAAACGAGAAUCGCCAGCUGGGUUUCUGUCGCCGUAUUACCUCUUUGCAUAUUCCUGCUCGUUUCCUAUGCGGUAUUGCCGGCAAAGCGAACCCACCGUCACUACUUGAGCAUUUGCUUUACCCUUGGCAUUUGCUGCAUGCAGAUCGCAUUCAUCAUCCCCCUCGGUACGAAGCCGGACCAAUGUUACAAUGAGAUCACUCCCCAAGAUAUGUAUUCCAACCUGUCCUGCGCCUUUACUGGCGCAAUGCUCCUUUUUGGUGGAUGGGUAGUCGUGGUAUUCAGUUUUAUCCGCACCAUAGCCUUUCACCUUCAAGUUUGCUGGGAAGUGAUCCUUGGCCCUAAGUUCAUGUGGGGGUCGCUCAUUUGCGGCCUCGGAAUACCUAUCAUCGGAACAUCCAUAAUGCUCGUCUUGACGGGAGUAUCAUUCCGAUUCGGAGAGGUAUGCCAUAUCAAUAUUGAGAAGAGUCUCCAGGAUUACUGGAUACCUCUUAUCGCGUUUGCAGGCGCGUCUCUCGUUAUGCAGUUUACUACGAUGGGAUACUGCAUACAUAUCUAUGUCAAGUCUCUUUACGAUACCGCCAGCACUACCAACAGCUCCAACAUGGCAUCAUAUACGGCAAGUGCGACUACUUUGACUGCGCGCCAAGCAUACCGCCGUAUCCGCAAGAUCUUCAAAUUGCAAUGGAGAAGCAACCUUCUCGUUCUUGUUAUCCUCGCCAACGUCCUCAUUUUCGCUGUCAUCUUCAUCAAAGCAGAUAAAGACUUGAAAAUUACGGAAGAGAAUAUCAAGAAAGCAACCCCAUGGCUUGGAUGUCUCAUGCUUAAUAAAGGCGACAAGACGAAAUGCCUCGAUGAAGCCAAGAAAUUCGGCCCUAGAAAAGCAAAACUGUUGGCACUUCUGUUCCUUUUAACAUUAGUUGGGCUAUGGAACUUCUUACUCUUUGCGCGCCCAUCAAUGUUCCUUGGCUGGUGGGACCUAUUCCGCCCCAAAGAGCGUGCCCAGUUCGAGUUUGUCUCCGCUGACGCACGCAAAAACCGAGACGAAGUACACAGCUACGAGAUGCUCAGCAGCAAUGGAUUGCCAUCCUACAAGAGCCCGGAGCCAUUUGCGGAGCCGUAUGUGAGGCCAAUUCGCUCACCUAGCCCUGCGUACACGGCAAGGACAAUGAGUCCUGAUUUGAACAACCAUUACGGACGAGAAGCCCGAUACGUGAAGCCAUCUUUGAGCUUCUCCGGGCCGCGCCCCCCAAUCUCGCCGAAUCAACAAGGACGAGACUGGAACCCCGAGUCUACUUUUGCACCGGGCUACCCAUAUCAACCCCGAUGA